AACAUGUCAACAAAGAAAAAAAUCAGGAAGCGAGCGUUUUAUUUCACUAGAUAUCCCAAUUCAAUAGCUCAUUUUCCAAAAACGGACGGCCGCUGAUUGUUAUUUUUUGGAAUGUAGUCAGUUUCAUUUAAAGCUAUUUCACCAGCGGGAUCCUGUCAGUUAUGACUGCACAAUGAAACGUUGCUGGUUUACUGUACACGGAAACGCCAGGGUCCUAAGGUUAUGUGCCUGGCGGGUGCAGCAGCUACCAUGUGUCUUCAACAAAACAUGACAGGGAGUUGACCACGAACGUCCCUCCGCGUUGCUGUAGCUUUGUGCGGCUGUCAUAUUUCUAUUGGAUGUGAUGCUUUAGUUAGCCGGCUAGCAUGACUUAACAUGAGCUAACUCGGCUGUAAUCUCGUAUAGUCCGUGAUGAAAUGGGAGACAUGGGCGAUGUGAUCGUUCUCAGCUCGGACAAUGAUGAUGAGGACUCUGAUGUGGAGGUACUGGGCUCUUACAGUCACUUCAUGACCAAGGUUGACCCGCUGCCCCUCGCAGCGGUGAAAGUAGACGUUGAUGCCCUGAACGUCAGCGUCCCAAAGGGGUUUAUUGACCUCACAGAUUCAAAAUGGACUCUUUCACACUUAAAGAAAAAGAGAAUAAAUUCCACUGUCUCAGCAGUGGUGGACCUGACCGAGGAUGACACAGAAAAUGUGUCAGAAGAGGUGACAGAAAAUAUACUAUCAGACAGUUUUCUUGUGAAGGAAAGCGGGAAAAAUAAAAGUCCUACAAUAAACGAACAAGAUGGUAACUUACAGCCAAGAUCCUCAAGUGACCCAAAUGCACCGCAUGAGGAUUGUUCGAGCCUAAAGCAGAGGCAAAAAAAUUUGGAUUCUCAAAACAAGCAAAAGCAGACCGCCAAUGAGGAUCUUUGUGCACCAGUUAUACAACUAGAAAGGCUACCUUUUCUCGAGAACUAUGUCACCGAACUGAAAUCUUUAAAUUGUUCAGUCUUGACCAAACAUUGUAUGCCAGUGUCAUUGAACAUUUGCAGACAAGAGAAAACCAGCAAUAAUCUGAGGACAACUUUUGCAUCAAAUGGUCUCGACACUGAGCCCCCACUAGACGAACCCCCUCAGAUGUCUCCUGUCAGAAAGGGACAAUUAGAGAACAGUGACGAAUUUAAAAGCAAGCAGUUAUAUACUGAAAUAUCUCAGAGUGAAGAUAUAAGGGAUGACUUUCACUCAGACAUGCCCACCCCCUCUCCAUCGUGGCCUCUUUCAUCAGAGAAAAAUGUACAUGGUCCCUUUCAAAGUAAGCUCCCCUGUUCCAAUCCAGAAAAGCUGAUAUCAGAUAAAGCAGAAUCAGUACAAUGCCUUUUAUCUCAUCUUUCAAGUAACCAAUCUCUGGCAACCAGACUAACCCUUCCUGAGCCUAAUGACCUGGACUGUCUGCACCAAAGAAGUCCAAAAUCUCAGGACCUCAUGAGCCAGGAUGGCCCAUUGCCCACUUCUGAACAUACAGAAGCUGAGAAAACAUGUGAAUGGGAAACGAUGGAUGUUAAGGCCGAUGAGGAAUCAAACAGUUCUGACCUCCUACACUGGAACAUCCCAAAUGAACCUCCUUUGUCAGGACCUCUAACUGAGGCCAUGGAUAGCAGAUCUGGAAGCUGGUACCAUGGGCAGGAUCAAGGAAGUGACAGUCCACGGUCUUUCUUUUGUGAAGAGGGAAUUGAUGGAGAACAAGUUAACACAGAGAACCGAUUUGAGAUGGACUUCAGGGAAGCCAGUGGAGAGGACAGGCAUUUUGUGUGCCCAGUUACACUUAAGAAAAUAAUGUCCGGACAAGCUCAAGCUCUGAUUGAUGAAAAAGAAGAAGGUUUAGGAUCCCCGGAGGUGAUAUGCAGUCAUAGCCUGAACCUGGUUAACUGUACCAUUGAUGUAAACUACCCAGAGGGCACUCUGCAACUACUGUCUGACCUGCUGCAGCCUGGUUUUUACCCUCCCAAAGAUAUCAUCGUCCACCUGCUACGAGGCAUUGUGCUUGACCCACAGUGUCCUUAUCACCUGUGUGUGCAGGCCUUUGGUCUGCUGAUGAAGACACAGAGACACCACAUAGCUGAUAAAAAAACAGUCCCAUGGGACUGGGAGUUAGUGACUUCAUGCAUGGACAAUCAGGAUGACUCCAAGAGACAUCGGACCGAGGUUGUGCGCAUGCUCCUGGAGUACACUGUGCAGACUUUGGAGGAUGACUUCCGGGCAAAAUGUUCUUCCUCUACCGUCCGACACUCCAUUGCAAAGGCAACACUGUCAUGUGAUCAGCAGUUCUCUAAUGUCAGGGACGUUGUCAAAUGGCUUUUUUCUGCCAUCAUAAAAUCAACGGAAAAUGGAGUGAGUAGAGAAGCAGCCAGAGAAAGAGAUGAACAAAUCAGAAUAGUAUACAUCCUCCAGAGGAUGCUGUCCUUGGCUCUGGAGGUGGACUGCUCUCCAACUCUCAGCUCUGCCAAACUGUCCCAGGAGCUUUUCCAUAUGCUCAUCGGAAAUGAGCCCCAACGGCCCCAACGAGCACACAGGAUGUUGUUGCUGGAGUGCCUGCAGAGUCAACUGUUGAGAUGUAAGCUGCUGGAACAUCUGUUGGACUAUGUAUGUCCAGUGAAAACUCCUGUGCCCAUGUCUCUCAGUCUUUUAUUGCACUUUCUGAAGAACUGCACUCUGGAACCUGACCCUUCGGAUGGCACUGAAAGGUGGAAGAGGUGGGAAGAGUUGGUCCAUCUUCUUUGGAUGUUGCUGCUUAGCUACAACAAAGCAAUGAAAGGCUAUCUCUGCAGUACAGUUGGGAAACAGAGGGACAUAGUUGGCACCCUGGUCUACAGACAGGAUGACAUGGUUUCCAAAACUGACGUUCAUGAAGCUAUAGAGGCCUUUCUUUCAAGAUCCAAAGCUGACUUAGGCCAGGACUUGCCUCUUCAUGUGGAAGAGUCGCUUGGUUAUCUACAGGAUUACCUGCUCGAUGUCUGUCAGUGUUAAUUAAAGAAAUAACCUCUUUGUUACUAUCAUUCCCUUUAUGAACUGCAGUGUUUUAAUUUUAUAUGUAUAAAGUUAUAUGAAUAGACUUGAACAAGUUUGUAUUUUUGGUAAAGACAGACCAUGUUUGUUUUUAUAAAUCAAAAUUAAUUAAAUCUAUUUUUUUCUAAAUUA